AUGGAUCAAGACGAUGCAUCAUCAAGCAUGCUUUCUAAUGCCAAGAUCAAUCCUACAACUGCAGAAACUUCAGAUUCAUCCGACAGCCAUUAUCCUCAGUUUCGUGCAGCCAAACGUCCGAGACUAGAGAUUAACAACACCAUUACUGCGGCCAAAUUCAAAGGAGUGGUGCCCCAGCAAAAUGGACAUUGGGGUGCACAGAUAUAUGCAAACCAUCAGAGAAUCUGGCUAGGAACCUUUAGGUCUGAGAAAGAAGCAGCUAUGGCGUAUGAUAGCGCAGCAAUCAAGAUUCGAAGUGGAGAUUCGCAUAGAAAUUUUCCAUGGACUGAAAGGAACAUUCAAGAGCCUAAUUUCCAAUCCCAAUACAGCACAGAAGCUAUAUUGAACAUGAUCAAAGAUGGAUCUUACCAACCAAAAUUUGCUGAUUUUCUUAGGACACAAUCCAGAAGACAAGAAGCUGCUGCUGGCAAAAGUCUUAAUAAUAAUAGUAAUCAAACCAGGGCUUAUGGUGGUGAUGGGCAAUUUUCUUGCAUACAGCUUUUUCAGAAGGAACUUACACCUAGCGAUGUAGGUAAGCUUAACAGGCUUGUUAUCCCCAAGAAAUUUGCCACUAAGUACUUCCCUUAUAUCAGUGGAAAAAUGGAAGAUGAUCAUGAUGAUGAUCAUGGAUUAGGGGAUGGGAUAGAUGAUAUAGAACUUGUAUUUUAUGACAGGCUAAUGAAGUGCUGGAAGUUUAGGUAUUGCUAUUGGAGAAGCAGCCAAAGUUUUGUGUUCACAAGGGGUUGGAAUAGGUUUGUGAAGGAGAAAAAUUUGAAGGAAAAAGACAUUGUCACUUUCUAUGCAUGUGUUUGCCCUGAAAGGGUUCAAGAAGGGCAGCACUUUUCCUUAAUUGACAUUAGUUACAGCAAUGGCCAAAGCUGUAGCGUGGUUGAUGGGCCUUACCAGAUUGAGGACAUGCAAGAAGAAUUGGAGCUCAAUUUGGGACAAACUAUUAGAAAUAAAUUGCAGAAAGAUCAUCAUCAAGGGAAAGAGAAUAGAUUCAGAGGAUCGGAAUUCAAUAACGCCAAGGAAAAAGGGUUGAGGCUUUUUGGAGUGCAGAUCAACUGA